UAUUAACCCUUUUCACAAUCCAUCCUAUAAAGUUAUCAAAUUUUGUUCUUAUUUAAUAAGCAAAGUUCAUCAAAGUAUUCCCAAAUUUCAUCAAUUGAACUCAUCUUCCAACCUUCAUCAAACACAAACCCUUUUAAUUGACCAAUCAAAUCAUCAAAUUUCACGGAUCUUUAGAAAAUAUCAAACAAAAGAAUAAUAAUAAAAAUAAAAAUGAAAGAUAAAAAAUUGGUCUGCGGUGGCCACCGCCGUUGCUUGAGCCCCCACGCAGCUGGCCAGAUUUGACCGCCGCGUGGGGGCUUCACGCCGACUAAAUGUGGCCGACACUAAGGCCUCCGUUUUUCUCAGUUUGGGUAUGUGCAUAUUUUUAUUACAUCUUCAGAAUAUCUAAGAGGUAAGUUUGCUUGCACAGGUUUGUCAGACCAUAGAGAAAGAGUUGGGUGAAUCUAUGGAUGAUCUCUUCAUGGAUUUUGUCCAAAAACCUUUAGCCACAGCAUCAAUUGCACAAGUCCACCGUGCCAAGCUGAGUGAUGGGCAGGAUGUGGUUGUCAAAGUUCAACAUCAGGGCAUCAAGAAAAUUAUCUUGGAGGACUUAAAGGAUGCAAAAUCGAUUAUUGACUGGAUAGCUUGGGUAGAACCGUUAUAUGAUUUCAAUCCAGUUUUAGACGAAUGGUGCCGAGAAGCUUCAAAAGAACUUGACUUCAAUCUUGAAGCUGAAAAUACUAGAACUGUGUCUAGAAAUCUUGGCUGCAAAAACAGAGGCGAAGACAGCAGGCCUGCCAAUAAAGUGGAUGUUCUUGUUCCGGAAGUUAUUCAGUCAACUGAAGCUGUCCUGAUUUUAGAGUAUAUGGAUGGGAUACGUAUAAAUGACUCUGAAUCUCUGGAAGCUUUUGGUGUUGACAAGCAAAAGAUUGUAGAUGAAAUUAUACGUGCAUUUGCCCAUCAAAUUUAUGUUGAUGGAUUUUUCAAUGGUGACCCUCAUCCUGGAAAUUUCCUUGUUAGCAAGGAGGCUCCUCAUCGUCCAAUUUUGCUCGACUUUGGGCUCACAAAGAAACUAUCAAACUCUGUGAAACAAGCACUAGCAAAAAUGUUGUUGGCAGCUGCAGAGGGAGACCAUGUAGCUCUUUUGUCUGCCAUGGCAGAAAUGGGACUUACGCUACGUCUAGACUUGCCCGAGCAGGCAAUGGAGGUUACAACAUUAUUCUUCCGUGCUUCCUCACCAGCAGAUGAAGCUUUCGAUACCAUGAAAAAUAUUGUUGAUCAAAAGGAAAAAAGCAUGAAGCUUAUUCAGGAAAAGAUGAAAUUUAGCCAAAAAGAAAUUAAACGCUUUAAUCCUUUCGAUGCCUUUCCUGGUGAUUUUGUAAUGUUUUCAAAAGUCCUUACUCUCCUUAGAGGGCUUUCGUCCAUGAUGAAAGUUCGUACGGUCUAUCUGGAUAUUUUGAGACCAUUUGCCGAAUCUGUUUUAGAAGGAAACAAGAACAAGGGACCAGCAGAAAAUCCCCAGUGGAUAUACGAUACUCCAAUCCAUUCUGAAGUGGAAGCCAAGCUGAGGGAAUUUUUAGUUCAGCUGGGGAAUGAGGACAGAAUACUUGGAAUUCAGGUUUGUGUGUACAAAGAUGGUGAGGUCAUUAUAGAUACCGCUGCUGGAGUGCUUGGUAGAUAUGAUCCUCGUCCUGUUCAGGUUGAUAGUCUUUUUAGUGUUUCUUCGGUAACAAAGGGCAUCACAGCAGGCAUGGUACAUUGGCUUGUUGACAAUGGAAAACUCAAGCUUGAGGAGAAUGUUGCUAAGAUUUGGUCAGAAUUUGGAUCAAACGGAAAAGAUAUCAUAAAGGUCCAUCAUGUGCUUAACCAUAAAAGUGGUUUGCACAAUGCUUUGGUUGAUUUUGGAGCAGAAAAUCCUAUGGAAAUUGCUGACUGGGAUGAAUGUUUGAGGCUGAUUGCCAUGUCAGAACCUGAACCUGAAUGGGGCCAACAGCAAGUCUAUCACCAUACGUCUUUCGGCUGGCUGUGUGGUGGAAUAAUUGAGCAUGCAUCUGGGAAGAAAUUUCAGGAGAUACUUGAAGAAGCAUUCAUUCGACCGCUAAAUAUUGAAGGCGAGCUAUAUGUUGGAAUUCCACCAGGUGUGGAAUCUCGACUUGCAACUCUUACAAUAGAUGAAUAUGAUCUCAAAAAAUACGCAGACAAAUCUUAUCAUUCUGACCUACCCCCUGAGUUCCAGCUCAACAAAGUUGCAGAGCUCAUCACCACCUUGCCGGUUUUCUUUAACAUGCUGAACAUUCGUCGUGCCAUCUUACCUGCUACUAAUGGACAUUGCUCAGCCCGUGCAGUUGCACGCUACUAUGCAGCCCUAGCUGAUGGGGGAGCAAUCCCACCCCCACAUUCCUCUCUGUCCAAGCCAACGCUUGGUAGUCACACCCACAUCCCCAAAUUUCCUUCACAGAAGUCACAAAAGCCAAAAGGUAAGAAAAGCAAGGAGGUACCUGCUGCUUCAAAGGAAAACACAAACAGCAAAGGUAAAGAUGCUAGUGUUGAUGAUUACACUCGACUCAGAAAUCAUGGUAGCAAGAUUUUUAGUAACCCUAAAAUCCAUGAUGCAUUCUUGGGUGUGGGUGAUUAUGAGAAUUUGACCUUUCCGAAUGGGCCAUUUGGACUGGGAUUUAAGAGGUAUAAAGCUGCAGAUGGAUCAAUUAUUGGUUAUGGGCACUCAGGCAUCGGUGGAUCAACAGGUUUCUGUGACAUAAAAAACAGGUUUGCUAUCUCGGUGUCCUUGAAUAAAAUGUCAUAUGGUGCUACAACUGCAAAAAUCAUUGACUUAGUUUGUUCAGAGCUAGAUAUCCCACUGCCGGUUGAGUUUUUAUUUGUUAAGGACUUUGAGAAGCCUCUCUUUAGCUGAAAAUGAGUAAUCUCAUAUCCCAUUUGUAUAAAUUAUAUCCAAGUCAAAUAUUGGUUCCAUAGAGGAUGAAUUACCAAACAUUUCGUAAAGGAAUUAUAUUGAACAUGAGAAGGCACAGUGAGCUGUUUCUUUGC